AUGCUCUUCAUCAACUGCAGUUUGGAUGACACUCCAAAUUUUGAUAUCAUCGGCAAACAUGGUGAUAUCGCAGUUCAGUCCGCUGACAAAAUCUUUCACGUAAAGAAUGAACAGAGUAUGGCCGAGAACGGAACUUUGAGGAACACUACUCUCAACCGCAUCCUCCGCCGACUAAUUAUCAUUGACAUGGACAGUUUGAGAGCGGCCAGUUGGAACAUUUGUAUCCACGUCAGAAGCCUACUUCUUUCUCCCAUGCGUCUGAGUGUGUAA